UUUGAUCAGUUUGACUAUGGGGCUUCAAACUCAAUGAAUUUUAUGGAUUUUGCAAGGGAAGCUGCCGAAGCCAUGUCAUUAGCUGCAUCAAGUGUUGAAGAACAACAGACCACAUAUGGAGUUGUUGAUUCAACAUCAGAAUCGGGCCAUACUGGCGCUCGGGCUUCGAAGGAAAGAUGUAAAGAAUGCCUCUGUAUGAAGAGUAUGGAGGCCUGCGCAGAGAGUGGAAUGGUCUUUCUUUUACCUAUUUUUUUUAAAUAUACAGAUCCACAGGCAGCUCUUCGUGUUUUAGGAGCUUUAGACAAUGGUUGUGCCCGUGUUCGAUUUGAUGGCGGAGGAUUUGAGAACGUUUUUGAGUGGACAGAGAUUUUCGGGGCUCAGGUGAUCAUUGAUUGGCCGGACAUGAAAUCGCUGUUAGAGAAACUGAGGAGUAUCGGAUUGCAUAAGGGCAGCCCAAAGGGAAAAUGGGAUCAAAAGUUUUUGGUGCAUACUGAUGGGCUAACUCAAGCUGCAAAGUCGGUGAAGGAAUUUAGAUCCUAUGGCAAGUUCUGCAUAAGAUAUGUAAGACAUGACAACUUGCUAUGA